UACCCGUUUAAUUCCUUGCAGCUAUUUAAAUGCUGGUUUUAAAUGCAUACUCAAAUUAUCGAUAUAUUUCAAUAGAUCACGUAUUAUUCGAAGUCCCGAUUCAUAAAUACAAUUAAAGCGUAAUGAAAUUACAAAGAUUGAUUUGAAAACUGGAAAAAACACGCGUCAUACCUAUGUUUAGUUGUCUAACCCAGUAUCUUUUAAUAUAGGUGUUUAGGUUGAAUGCUAUACGAAUAGCAGUAUAAAUUCGUUCAAGGAGAUACACGCUAAACAUUUGUUGAAUCAUCGUUAACGGUUUUAACAUUCAUGAAGAAACACAUUAUAUAUCACAACAGUGUAUUGUAAUUUCGUUGGAGUAAAAAUGUAUUAAUGUUUGUGUGUAUACGUGCUUUCGACGUAAUGCGGUCUCAACAUUUUCCAGUUGUUAAGUGAUCAAUACCGUACAGGCAUUAAUCGAGGAAACUCUUGAAGACAUACAGAAAUUUAAAAGAGCGACGCUUGUGUGUUUGUGUUAAGGUGGAUAGUUUUUUCCCUAUUAAAUGAGGGGUGAACAUUUAUAGCGGUUCAUUAAACCAUUUCCUGACAUUAACUCAUAGUGAAAUCUGGACCAAAGCUCCGAAAUAUACCGUAUUAUAUUCGUGUUAGUGCUGUGAUUUUUCCAUUGAAUUUCUUCGUAUUGUGAUCCGCAUUAAUGGCAACAGUGAAUCAAGAACUCAUGCAGCUUGUGGCGAGGACUCGAGCAUUCCUGAAAUCACACAUUGCAUGGGUUGCAGUUGUAAUCUUUGGAGUGGGCUUGUUGGUUUGCAUAAUAGUCCCCGUCGUGCUUACGGGGCUAUCAAAAACACAUGGCGACACUCCCAAGUUCACAGCCACGUGUGUACUCGUCGAUUACACGAUGUGGAGGCCGAUCCAGACACGCUGCAAAGUAUCAGUACCGGCAGAAAUAAAAGCCAGUAUAGACGUCAGCCAAACCUUAUUCUCUCUCAAUAGCGGCGAUGUGUUACCAGUCAACUGCUCCUAUCAAGUAACGGAUGGGGUAAUAACUUGCCAAGGGCCGCAUGUAACGUGUCAGAUCCGCGGGACUCUCUCAAUUGCAUUCUUUGACAAUGCUGGCAACGCUGUGCUGGACAAAAUACUAUUUAAUUUAGGUUCGCUUAUUCCUCCCUUGGUGACAAGUGUGGUUCAAGUCUUUGAACCUGUUGGUAAAAAUUUCACGUCAAAUUUCAACUUUACGUGUGCCGUGACGUCAUCGUGCGAUACGUACACCAUGGCUCUUUACGUCGAUGGAAAUCUUCAUCUAACUGAAGUAGAGGACGCACUUCUUUGCAUCAACACAUCGAUGACAGAGGGGGGAUACAACAAGAGCUGCGUGUUUAAAGUCGACGAGGAUGUGAUACGCCAACAACGUAGUAUGGACAUUUCGUGCGCUCUCCUUCAAAAUAAUUUCCUUGCUAAGCAAGAAAAGUUUCUUCUGCCUAUGUGUUCGAAGAGAUCAUCCGACUGCAACUGUUCAGCUAAGACAACUUCCUGUGACGAAAUUUGUACAAAAGUAGGAACCUGUCUGAAACAUGACGACAUAUCGCGAUAUCAAAACAUUACCACAGAGGAUGUUGUUUUGAAACCUAUCUGUCCAGUUUUAUGCACCCCGAAGUGGUGUCGUGAUAAAUUCAAUGAUGAUAAAACUGAGACACUAAUACCGGCAAUCCUUGGCGCCAUGUGCACGAACUCAUGAAAUGACACAAUCAGCUUUUUAAACUCUUUAACGCAAUGGAGCUUAAGAUCUCACUCAGGAAAUGAAUGUUCGUACAAAAGGAACACACGGUGUCGUUAUGUAUUGAAAAUGGUGUACUAUUGAAGUGUUGGAAUAUUUAAAUCCUUAAUGUAUUGCUAUAUGAGCUGCCAAAUCAUAUUGUGUGUGUUGCAAUAGAUGGUGUUUUGACAACAGUAUUUAUUUUUAAUAUUUAUUUAUGCAGUGUUUGCAUAUGUAUAUAAGUAUCAUCUGGUGGUCAUAAUGUUCUGUAAAAUGUCUGAAUUGAAGCAGUAUUUGAUACGCGCAUGUAUGUAUUGUGUGUACAAAUAUAAAGCAGCACCUUAAAACCA